AUGGAGUUUGUACAUAAAAAGGGCCAAAAGGUAAAAAACUGGCCGGUCGGAUGCAGCCAUAUGCCACCAAGUUCGGCGCAAGGUCUACCACAUCAGCCCGUUCUUGUGGUGUUCUUCGUGGUAAGGUAUACUAAGGAUACUAAAGCCCCCGCUGGUACUACUCGUGACGAUACUAAGGAAGAAAAUAUAAUAUGUAUCCCCUGUAUCACUCGGCAAAUCUUUGGAGCUCUGUAUCUCGGAGUCUCUUAUCGAGAAAACAGCAAGUUUAAGUCGUUGGGCCCUUUGCGCGAGCUCUGGAUAAUCUCUUUAUUUUAUGUUACCUCGCACAAAUAUGAUUAUACCUCAACUGACUCGGGGAUAUUUGGAGAUGAGGACGAGAUGCUUCCAUCUGAUCUGCUAGAGUAA